UGCUAUUUUAUUUGGGCUUAUGGAAGGAAGGUGUGUUUGGCCCACUAUCAUCAUCCUCAACACUAAGCAUUGAGGCAGGGGGGGGAUUAUCAAGUUUCAAAGCACCUUCCUCUGCAAUCAGCUCAGCUACUCUGCAUUUUUAUCUCUUCCGCUAAAUUCAUUUGUAGGGUUACAAAAUAAAUGGGCUCAACGUUUACCCUUUCUCUCUGCUCACACCCAAAGGUAUAUUUUAGGAUCAGUACACGCCAUAGGAGCUUACAUGGAGAAGCAUUGUUCAGUUCAGGCUUCUUUUGUGGGCCGGGUGCCCUGAAUCAGUCCCCCACACUCUGCAUUAGGGUUAGCAGGGGUAGAAAAUGCCUGAACUCGAGGGGAUUAGUGGUGAGAGCGGAUUCGUCUACGGGCCGUUCUGUUGGAUCCUCUGUUUCCAGGAGAGCCUACAGGCAAUCCCAAGCUCCGGCCUCGCGGGUGAAUGAAAUUGCAUCUUUUGUUCUUCCCACGGGCGGCUUCGUCUUGCUUUCUAUAGUUAUAUGGAAACUAGUGGAGAAAUUUACUAUGCCAAAGCCAGCUAAUACUUCACCAGAGGAAAGUAAAGCUACCAAAGGCGUGAAAUGGUCAUUUGCGCCAGGCACAAACUUAUUAGCUGGCUUUGGUCAAAAGGUUGGGAGAGAAUCCAAGAAGAAGCUCAAUGAGUUUGCAAAGGAGCUCAGGUUGUACAGCAGUGUUGAUUUGUCAGGGCACAACUUUGGAGAUGAAGGCUUAUUUUUCCUGGCAGAAAGCUUAGCUUACAAUCAGACCGCUGAAGAAGUAAGUUUUGCUGCUAAUGGAAUAACUGCGGCUGGACUUAAAGCUUUUGAUAGUAUCCUGCAAUCAAACAUUGCCUUAAAAACUCUUGACUUGUCGGGAAAUGUUUUUGGAGAUGAAGGUGCUAAGUGUCUUUCAGGCAUUCUGGUGGAUAAUCCUGGCAUUCAAAAGCUCCAACUGAACAGUACUGGCAUAGGAGAUGAGGGAGCGAAAGCAAUUGCUGAGAUGCUCAAGAAAAAGUCAAACUUGCGCAUCCUUGAGCUUAACAAUAAUUUAAUUGACUAUUCUGGAUUUUCAGGUCUUGCUGAAGCACUACUUGAGAAUAGAAGUUUACAAUCCUUAUAUCUCAGUGGCAAUUAUGGAGGCACGUUAGGGGCUGCUGCCCUUGCGAAAGGGCUGGAAGGGAACAAAUCUGUACUGGAAAUUUAUUUGCAUGGGAACUCUAUAGGUGAUGAAGGUGUGCGUACACUAAUGUCUGGCCUAUCUUCACGCAGAGGUAGACUUGUUAGGCUGGACAUUAGUAACAAUUCCAUCACCGCAAAGGGUGCCUUCCAUGUUGCUGAACAUAUCAAGAAGAGCAAAAGCAUCCAAUGGUUGAACCUAUAUAUGAAUGAUAUUAAGGAUGAGGGAGCUGAAAGAAUAGCAGAAGCUUUGAAGGAUAAUCGCUCCAUAGUCAACUUGGAUCUUGGAGGCAAUGAUAUACAUGCUCAUGGUAUUCAUGUCAUUGCACGGGUCCUGAAGGACAAUUCUUCCAUUACAGUUUUGGAGCUUGGUUAUAAUCCGAUUGGACCUGAUGGCGCCAAGGCAUUAGCUGAAAUUCUUAAAUUUCAUGGGAAUGUGAAAGAUCUCAUGCUCGGUUGGUGUCAGAUAGGGGCUAAGGGCACAGAGUACAUUGCAGAUAUGUUGAAAUAUAAUGGUACAAUAUCAAAUCUAGAUCUGCGGGCUAAUGGACUUAGAGAUGAGGGCGCUAUCUGCCUGGCUAGAAGUUUAAAGGUGGUGAAUGAAGCAUUGGCAUCACUAAAUUUAGGGUUCAACGAGAUUAGAGAUGAAGGAGCUUUUGCAAUUGCUCAAGCACUCAAGGCAAACGAGGACGUGAGGCUGACUUCUAUUAAUCUUUCCAACAACUUCUUUACCAAAUUGGGACAGACUGCCCUAUCGGAUGCAAAAGACCAUGUUUAUGAGAUGAAUGGGAAGGAGCUCACUAUCGUUUUCUAGGCAAAUCCCCUUCCAAAUUGGCAACAAUGUUUUUCCGCUCUUUCGUCACUUGCAGAAUAGUGCCCAUUAGUUGAACGAGUUUGGCGGUACAUAGUUUUCUGGAAGGUCCGUCUAAUUUCAUUAGAGUUGAAGAGACAGACACAUAGACCUUGUUUGGGAACAACACUUUCGAUUAGCGUUAUUGUUUUGAAUAAUUUUUUAGUAGGCGCUAAAUAAUUUUGAAAAUGUUCAAACUAUAUGCUGCCAUUAGAUAGUUAAGGUGUUGCCAGAAAAGGACAUACACACAUUAGAAUAACAACCAAAUGUUAUC